AUGGAUGAACCGGAAAAUGUGGCACUCAUGACUUCGCUAAUGCCGGACACGGUUGAAGAGAAUAACAUUCCCGCCGUCGAGCUGGAACUUACUCAAGACGAACCGGAAUUAAACUAUCGUCCAAAGUUCCCGCUUCCCGAUGACAUUAACCAAUUGUCCCGAGAACAAACUGUUUGCCAGUACUGUGGUGUUAGCUAUCUAGUUCUUUCCGAGAUCAAACAACUCGAAUCACGACUGGAACGACAGUCGGAAGAACUGAGCCACGCAUUAUCGGAAAUGCAAGCGAAAGAAGAUGGACUUGCACAAACUGUGCAACAAAACGAGGAAUUUCGCCGACAAUUGGAGCAAUUUCAAACUGGUACAGCUCUGUGA